UCCCACCACACCCAGAGCCCACGUGGUUUGAUCUUUUGACUGCAGAGCCUGUGUUCUGUGUUUGAACAAGCGGUGCCGAGUUAAAACGGGGAAGGGAACGGGUAAUCUUCCCAGGGCAGCGGCUGCAGUCUGAAUCUCUGCCUCCAUUCUGCUGGAGGGAGGGCCAUGGACCCGCUCAGCUUCAACAACACGCGUGUUUAGAUUUCCAGCACCCGUAGAUCCGCUGCCAGAGGGAGAGAGAGAAUGGACAGCAACAUCUGAAGGUGUGGCAGGCUGUAAAAGAGGCAAAGUCUGAACAUCAGGACUAUGAGAAGGAAAUGAGAAGCGGACUAGAAAGGGACCCCUCCAGGUCUGUCUAGGGUCCCCACCCCCCAAGCUCUGACCUUGCCGUUGUGUGAAUGGUGAACGGAGUAUGCUGACCAGCAGCAGGAGGUGCUCGGCGUGAGUCAGUCUCAACUAAGCCCCGGCUGUUCUAGUGUUAAAACCAUUUCCAGGUUCAUCUUCCCUGCUAUCACUGACUUGGAGCUCGGUACCAUGGGGAGGUGCAAUGGGCGCUGCACGUUAAUCGUACUCUGCAGUUUACAGCUGGCAGCUACUUUGGAGAGACAGAUCUUUGAUUUCCUGGGCUAUCAAUGGGUUCCUAUCUUGGCCAACUUUUUAUACAUUAUGGCAAUCAUCCUGGGUAUCUUUGGAACCAUCCAAUACAGACCCAAAUACUUAGUUAUGUAUGCAGGAUGGCUGGUGCUGUGGGUGGCCUGGAACGCAUUCAUCAUUUGCUUCUAUCUAGAAGUUGGGCAGUUGUCACGGGUAAUUAUGUUCCUUAUGAUCCAAAGCGAUGCUUCUUAUGAUGUACUUAAUCAAAAGAAAAUAAUUAGACACAAAGUCAGUUUUCUGAAACCAGACUUCAAACUGGGGCAGGAACAGAAUAUCUCAGUGAUAGAGGACUUUGUAUUGACUUUGGUGAAGGUUGCUAAGGAUUAG